UCUGAUCUGUUUUAUGUCAAACUGGUUCUGGUGUGCUGGAUUUAUGACUGAUGGCCUCUAUGUGAAGCACGAGGAGUCAUCAUGACAGACUUUUGGUUGAUUUCUGUCCCACUGGACAAGACCAGCUUAACCAGCGUGGAGAAACUGAAGCGCACCAUUACUAAAACCCACCUGGGCUCAUGCUGGAGGUUCUCCAUCCCAGAUCUGAAGGUGGGAAUUCUGGACAGUCUGGUCAGAGUGUCAGAUGAUCUGUCAAAACUCGACACGCUGACUGAAAGUUUGAUCAAAAAAACCUGCCAGUGCUUGAAGGAGGUGAUGGAGCCAACGGGGGACAAAGUUCAGGAACACGACUUAACCAACGGAGACCACAGGAUGAAUCAAAAGAGUGCAGCUCUGUCACCACUAAAAACUUACCUUGCAUCUCUGAGAGUGGACCUGAUGAACCGGGUCACCAAAUUUCAGUGGGACAAAGCCAAGUAUCCCACAGCUCUGCCGCUCUCCACCCUGACAGAUAUCAUCAACAAGGAAAUAUCACAGGUGGAGACUGAGCUUAGAUCCCGAGCGACAGCCUACAACAGCCUAAAAGCCUCCUUGCAAAGCCUUGAACUCAAUCUAAAUGGAAAUUUGCAAACUCGCAGUCUGAAUGAUGUUUUGAGGAAAGACGACCUGGUUGUCUCUGAGUAUCUAACAACUCUGUUGGUGGUGGUGAGCAGAGAAAAAUAUCUGCAGUGGGAGAAAAGCUAUGAAUCCCUGUCAGAGUUUGUGGUUCCACGGUCGAGCAGGAAGAUUUUUGAGGACGGAGACGGGGGAAUCUUUACGGUGACGCUUUUCAAGCGAGCUGUGUGUAAAUUCAAAGCCAAAGCUCAGGAGAGCAAGUUCAUUGUGCGGGACUACAGCUUUGAUGUGGAGGAGAGGAAGCAACAGGAGAUCAUGAAGCUCACUGUUCAUAAAAAGGAUCAGUAUGGGAUCUUUGUGCGUUGGCUGAAGGUGAAUUUCACUCAGGUGUUCAUCGCCUGGAUUCACUUAAAAGCAUUGAGAGUUUUUGUGGAAUCAGUACUCAGGUAUGGACUACCUGUGAACUAUCAGGCUUUACUCCUGGAAACGGACAGGAAGCGUUCAAAGAAGCUGAAGGAGGAACUUUCCUCACUGUUUGUACAUUUGGACCCCACUGCCAGCAUGAAGGAGAUGAGCUGUGACAUCCCAGGGCUCUGCCAGCAGGAGUACUCCUCCUACAUCUGCUUCCACAUCGGCACCAACAUGCUGGAGAUUAGCGAGCCGUCAACAACAUGACCCGGCAGACAAGCAGCACUUUAUCGACCUCAGGCAGUCAGGGCCUGAAAGGCAGCAUUAUUAUAAAAAGCUACCUGUCUCAGAACAACAUCUUGCACAUAAUAAUGAGCUGUGUACAUAAAAACCUCAUCUUUUUUGGAGGAAAGAAGUGUAAAUAUUAUCUUCAGGGAACGGAUGUCACAUUCUUGUCACAAGAAUUCUUAACUUUGUAAAUAACUGAAUGUUUUCUAGGAAUCUGAAGCUUCCAAUUGGCACCUCGGGCAAAGUUGUUUAAAAAGCCUUGAAAUGAAAUUAAGCUUUUUAUUGCAGUUGCGUAUACUUACACUGAAAAAUAAAAAAAAAUACUUCACACUUUAAUUUGAGAAGAAUUUUGUUCACUGGGUUCAAAAAGUUCCUUGUUAAAAUCUUGUUUUUUAUACACUAUUGGUUCCACUAUUACUGUCACCCUGCUCCUCAUGCUUUGAACAACCCCAUUUUACCAAUAGCACAGCCCUUAGGAUUGGCCCUCAGUAUCACAACCCUCCACUGUACUUAACAGUGAACAUAAAAUUCUUUCCCACACAUUCAACUUUUGUUUUAAGCCACAUCCUAGUGUCGUUUUUGUUCUCACUCAGCCUUAGUCUCAUCUGGCCAAAGCUUGUUGUUCCCUCUAGACCUCUUAUGGGUGCAUCAAACUGCCCUCUGUUAUGUUUGUGAUGGUAGAGAAAAGCCUUGUUACUAUAGCAUCAAAACCUAACAACUGGCUGACAUUGUAGCUGUGAAAGACAUUGAUCAUUACAUUCAAUUCAGUAUGUUACUUUUAGAUUUAAAUUAUCAAAGAGAUUUGAAAAUCACAUGUCACUUUCCUUCCUCUUCACUAUUAUGCACAGCUUUGGGUUUAUCAAUCACAUAAAACCCAAGUGAGGAGGUUGUGCUCUCAUGUUGAUAAGGUCCAAGGGAUUUUAACAUUUUUGCAAGACGCAGUAAAGUUAUAAACCUAAAAUGUAUUAAAAUAAAUUUGUUUAGAAAUUAUUGCUGUACAGUUCCCAGUCACCAGAGAGCAGUCUCUCUGUUGUAAAGCAACCAGUUUCUCUAAUAUCUGGUCCAUCUCUGUGUUAAAACGCAAACUAUAAUCCCUGAUAAAAAAACAAAAACAAAAAAAAAACGUUUUGACUUAUUCUUCCUUCCUGUUGAGGAGAAUAUGGCAUAUUUUCUCCUGAGAGACUUAAAGAUGCACAGCAUGACUCCGAUCACAACAUGGCUCUGAUGAACCAGUGCAUAAAAUAUGCAACAGUUUAAUGCGUUUUAAAUGGAAACAGCGCGGUUGGGUUCCUUGGCGUCUGACUACAAUCAGAUUGU